AUGGCGUCUGAGUGGUCUGGCUCGGAGACUGAGGAUGUAUCCUCAACAAGUGAUCUGUAUAUCAUGGCGUCCGAGUCCUCUGACUGGGAGGCCGAGGAUGUACCUUCGCCCAGUAUUCAUAAUGUCAUGACGUUCAUGCCGUCUCCAUCUCGUGAACUGUUUCAUCUGUACAAUCCUCUCGCGUUCCCACCAAGGGUUACGAAUGGUGUACGUUCCAACCCGUAUUACCAAUCUCUGCUUGCCGUCUUCCUCGGCCAGCCGAUGGGCUCAGGGGGGAGGCUCGUCAGCCUGAGCGACUUCUUGGUUGCAGGCAAACCUUCCUUCGUCAUCACGGAAUGGGAUUUCUACCAACCUUACGCCGAGUUGUACUCGAAAUUUAUGAUAGACCAUUUCCCAAGCUCCGCCACAAUCGAGCGGCGAGAUGCGGUAUUCCUGGACUUGUGCUCCCGCAUACGCAGGGUCUUCGCUCGAUCAUUUCCCUUGGAGGGCCAUAUCUGCCACGCGCUCUUCUUGCUACGCGGCAUCAGGCUGAAGCUUGACUCGGCUCAGCUAAGAGCUGAGCUGGGCACCCGCAUUGCGGCAGACCUCUAUAAUUGGGCUGUCGUGGCUCUAAUGGUGGCCCACAAAUAUAUGGAAGACAGCUCCUAUAGUAGGAAGAGCUGGGCCAUUGUGGCAGGUCGAGAGUGGACUCCAGAUUGGGAUGAAAUAGAUGAGAUAGAGAGGGAGUUCUUGCUAGCCCAUGAUUAUAUAGUGAAAGUCGCCUGGGAGCGCCUGCCCGAAUUAAAAUCCGAGAUAGGCUGGCCUGAUCACAGCGAAAUCGUACGGCUCAAACUCGGAGAUCCAGACGUGGGCCAAAGCGUUAUCACCUCAAGCCCGGAUUACUCUUCUUCUGACCACCUUCCUGAGUCCCCGAGGUAUCUGCUGCUUCCGGCCCCAGAUUGCGGCAUUGCACGAUACCAUGGCAGUGAGGAGGCUGACGGACAGAUCUCCUUGGUUGAUGGUCUUCAUAACGUGGACUCCUACAUUGCCGAGUUUCAAUCGCCCUGUGGGACGAGGCGGUGCUAUCCUAUGAGGUCCCAUCAUGUUGCAAUGUCGCCUCUAGAGGUGACCACAGUUCCAGGGGCUCCUCCUGAGGACCUGCGACACUAUGAUUCCCAGUUAUUUUUUGAUCAGAUCUACUGGCUCUGA